AUGAAUCCGGAUCACCAUAAUAUUAAUACGGGUGGUGGCCAACCACCAGGCAAUUCUGAGUCUCAGAACCAAAGAGUUCAAUCGACACAGCAACAACAGCAGGCACAGACGAAUAAUUUAACUCCUACAACAUCUGCUACUGAUUUGAGAGUGAACUCGGCGGCGGUAAACGUUGCUUUGUCGAGCGUGGCUAAAUACUGGGUGUUUACAAAUUUAUUUCCUGGUCCAUUGCCUCAAGUUUCCGUGUAUGGAUUACCCACUGGUGCAAGAAUUGAAAAUGGAAAGCCUGUACAGGAUAUUGGUCAAGCUCAUGCAAGUAUUUUAAAUGGAGAUCCUAACAUUAUAUUAGGACAUGCUGGACAACCUCAAGUUACAGUUUCAGCAGCAGGUCAACAAAUACCUGUAUCACAGAUCAUUGCAAACCAAACCACACAAGGGCAUGAUACUCUGGUGGGGCAUAGUCAACAACAAGAAGCAGCAGGUGGCAGCACUCCUUUAGCAGUAGCUCAAACCCAGCAGGUACCCAAUAAUCGGGUCGAGUUUGUACAACACCAUAACAUUGAUAUGGGUCACCACUCGCAACAGCAUAUCAUGCAGCAACAGCUCAUGGCAGCUGCGCGACCUGAGCACGCGAAUCAACAGGUCAGCGAGAUUCAACUGACGGUGAGUGAAGAUGGCAUCGUAACAGUGGUGGAGCCCGGCGGGGGCAAGCUCGUAGACAAGGAAGAACUGCACGAGACUAUCAAGAUGCCCACCGACCACACACUUACUGUGCACCAGCUACAGCAGAUUGUUGGGCAUCAUCAGGUCAUCGAUAGUGUAGUGCGCAUAGAACAAGCGACGGGUGAACCCGCUAAUAUUCUGGUCACGCAAAAUCCAGAUGGCACUACCUCAAUAGAAACUAGCGCCGCCGAUCCACUUUUAAUUAAAGAUGAGAAGAAUGUCGCCAAGAUUGAAUCCGCCCAAUUCGCUAUACCUGCUGAAAUAAAGGACAUUAAAGGAAUAGAUUUAAAGAGUGUUGGAGCAAUGGGAAUGGAAGGAGCAGUUGUUAAGAUUUCUACUGGAACGGAACAUGAUUUGCAGCAUGCUAUGUACAAAGUAAAUGUUGAAGAUCUUUCACAACUCCUCGCUUAUCAUGAAGUAUUUGGAAAACUUAAUACUGAGGGCCAACCACAAACUAAGACAGUAAUAAAUGAGGUUGAAGUAGAGGCCGGCACUAGCGCGGCCAUGUCCGAGGCGGAGUCAUCUCCUGGACACCAUUCUUGCGACAUUUGCGGGAAGAUUUUCCAAUUUCGAUAUCAACUUAUAGUACACAGACGAUAUCACGGCGAAAGCAAGCCAUUCACAUGUCAAGUUUGCGGUUCAGCAUUUGCUAAUCCAGUUGAAUUAUCUAAACACGGAAAAUGUCACCUAGCCGGCGACCCCGCCGAGCGCCAAGCAAAGAGACUCGCACAAGACAAGCCGUACGCGUGCUCCACUUGCCACAAGACAUUCUCGCGCAAGGAGCACCUCGACAACCACGUGCGCAGCCACACGGGAGAAACUCCUUAUAGGUGCCAAUUCUGCGCGAAAACGUUCACACGCAAGGAGCACAUGGUGAACCACGUGCGCAAGCACACGGGCGAGACGCCGCACCGCUGCGAGAUAUGCAAGAAGAGCUUCACGCGCAAGGAGCACUUCAUGAACCACGUCAUGUGGCAUACGGGUGAAACGCCGCACCAUUGUCACAUUUGCGGCAAGAAGUAUACUAGAAAGGAGCAUUUAGUGAACCAUAUGAGAUCACAUACAAAUGACACACCGUUCAGAUGCGAUCUAUGCGGGAAGUCCUUCACGAGGAAGGAACACUUCACCAAUCACAUAUUGUGGCACACGGGCGAAACCCCACACCGUUGCGACUUCUGUUCCAAAACAUUUACACGUAAAGAGCACUUGCUGAACCACGUGCGUCAGCACACGGGCGAGUCGCCUCACCGUUGCAACUUCUGCGCCAAGUCCUUCACGCGGCGUGAACACCUCGUCAACCACGUGCGCCAGCACACCGGGGAGACGCCCUUCCAAUGUGGUUACUGUCCUAAAGCCUUCACUAGGAAGGAUCAUUUAGUAAACCACGUCCGUCAACACACUGGAGAAUCCCCACAUAAAUGCACUUUCUGUACGAAGUCUUUCACGCGUAAAGAACAUUUAACAAACCAUGUGCGGCAACACACCGGGGAGUCCCCGCAUCGAUGUACAUACUGUGCUAAAUCCUUUACGAGAAAGGAACAUCUUACAAAUCAUGUUAGACAGCAUACAGGCGAGACUCCCCACAAGUGCACGUACUGCCCGCGCUCGUUCUCGCGCAAGGAGUAUCUCAACCAGCACCUGCGCCAGCACACUGGCGACGCGCCGCACACCUGCACCUACUGCAAUAAGAGCUACACCAGAAAGGAGCAUCUAGUUACGCAUGUCCGACAACAUACUGGGGAGACGCCUUUCAAGUGCACCUACUGUUCGAAGUCGUUCUCACGCAAGGAACACCUAACUAACCAUGUGCACAUGCACACUGGUGAAACGCCACACAAGUGUCCCUUCUGCACCAAGACAUUCUCAAGAAAGGAACACUUAACUAAUCACGUCAGAAUACAUACGGGCGAGUCGCCACAUAGAUGUGAUUUUUGCAACAAAACAUUCACAAGAAAAGAACAUCUCACCAACCACUUGAAGCAGCACACGGGCGACACGCCGCACGCCUGCAAAGUUUGUUCGAAGCCUUUCACGAGGAAAGAGCAUCUUGUUACUCAUAUGAGAUCCCACAGUUGUGGUGAACGGCCAUAUAUUUGCGGGGAAUGCGGAAAAUCAUUCCCUCUGAAGGGAAAUCUGCUGUUUCAUGAAAGGUCCCACAAUAGAGGCGCAAACGCGGCCAACAAGUCGUUCCGUUGCGAUAUUUGCUCCAAGGAAUUUAUGUGCAAAAGUCAUUUGUCAUCACAUCGGAGAACUCAUACAGAAACUGGCGAAGGUACAACGAAUACAGAACCAACUGCUGAAACUGAAGACUGUGGAGAUUGUACUAAAUGUGAGAAAGAGUCACCUGAAAGACCUGAGAGAAAACAUGAUACUAGAGCAUCAUCUGAAAGUAGAACUACUGAAGCAAAUCCUGCACAAAGUCCAUCAUCAAACUCAACUGUAAUGCAAAUUACCAGUCAGCAGGUACGGACAGGCACAGUAACAAGUGCAGCAAGUGUAUCAACUGGCACAUUCACAGCGAGCACCCAACAUCAUGCGACGACGAGUAUAUCCCAUCAUCCUGUCACAGUGAACUAC